CAGCAAUGCCAACGGAGAUGUUGUGCAUUUGAAUUUAUUUCAAAAGAUUUGGUAACUUAAGCUUUUCAACUUGGAGAUGUAAACUUUGAUUGACAUUAUGAAGACCCUGAGUAAAAUCUUAGUGACAGCUGGUGCUGUGAGUGUGGCGAGUACUGCUUACUUGUUGUAUAAACUGCUGUCCAGUUCUGAAGAGGAUGACAGUGAGGAGGAGGAAGAGAAAAGACAGACUGCUACAUCUAAACAAACGGUCAUAGAACUGGAGGUCCCCGCCAAAGCAGCCGGGGGGAUCAUCGGCAGACAGGGGUCCAACAUUAAGGAGAUCCAAAAGACAACAGGUACAAGGAUAAAUUUCAAAGACGACAACAACAGGUUUAAAGAAGACGAUGAUAAGCGUACUAUAGUCAUCAGGGGUACAGCCGAGUCUGCUCAGAAAGCCGAGCUCAUCAUCAGAGAGUUUGUGGCCAACAUGCCUGUCAUGCUGACCGAGCAGAUGUUUGUACCAUCCAGUGCUCUAGGCAGGAUCAUUGGUAGGGGUGGAGAAACAAUCAGAAGCAUCUCUAGAUCAGCUAAUGCAAAGGUGUACAUUGAUCGUACCAAGGAUGAAUAUAGGGAUGUGGAUAGAGAAGUCCAGAUUACAGGGACCAGAGAACAGAUUGACUUAGCCAAGACAUUAAUUGAAGAAAAACUCCAAGAAGAGAAAGUAUUCAGAGCUAAGAAAUCUGUGAUGGAGGCCAAUCGUGAAAAGCGUAGCAAAUCAAAAGUAGACACUGACAGGGAGAAGAGAGAAGCUUUACCAUUGGACAAAGAGGAACAAGUACCAGAGACCUCUAACCUCCAUGUAGAGAACACCUGUCCCUGGCCGAGUGGGAGGGAAUAUGUAGAGGUCUAUGUCUCCUCUGUUGCCAACCCUUCAACAUUCUUUGUACAGAUUCUGACCUCUAUGUCUAUACAGCUGGAUGAAAUGGUCAAAGAUAUGUCACAGUAUUAUAGCAAAGAAAGAGAGGUUGACAUUGUUAAGACUACACAAGUAGGAGAUUUGGUGGCAGCACCGUUUGACCAGGAUACUUCCUGGUACAGAGCAAGGGUGUGUGGUUUCCAAGGAGAUGAUCUUGAUCAGCUUGACCUUUUCUACCUUGACUAUGGAGACAGCUGUUAUCUUUCCAGGACUAAAGUGCGGGUCUUACAACCAGACUUCUUAAGAAUUCCUUUCCAAGCGGUUGAGUGUGAGAUGGCAAAUGUUUGUCCAACAGAUGGUGAUGCCUGGGAGGAGGCAGUAGUUGACAGAUUUGAACAGAUGACUUACUCUGCGAUGUGGAAAGUCCUGAUGGCAAGGCUAGUGGAGAUAAAGACUCUAUCCACAGGGGAGAAAAUCCACAUUGUGGAGCUGGUGGAUACAAAUGGAGAAAAGGAUAUCAAUGUUGGGAAAAAGUUGUGUGAAGAGGGACUGGCCAGGUGGUGUGAAUUGUGAAGUAAAAAAAGAAUCAUUGAAGCAUAAACAAAUAGAGAGAGAGAAAAGAGAGGGAUGGGAGAGACUACUAAAUAAUGCCCUGUUAUAUUUUGAAUGCUUUUUACACAAAAAAAUUGUAGACAUCUUUGAAAUGUAUGGCAUCUUUCUGUAUUUUGUGAGUACAGUAAAACUUGUGUAAUCAGGA